AUGGGUGGGUGUGGAUCUCAAGAAAAAGAGUUAAGAGAAAAGGUAGGAUUUUCUUAAAGUGGUUAAGAUUAUGCACUAAAAAAUUUAGUAAAAUGACAAAACAAAAACCAGAAUAUUUAUAAUUUUUAUAAAAUGAAAAUAGAAGAAUAUUUUAGUUUUUAAGGUUUUAAAUAAUAUUCUACAGAGAAUCCUGUGUUAGCAUAAAAGCUCUAUAUUUUUAUCAGAAAUUAUGAUGGAUAAAAUUAUGUCGACACUCUUACAUUUCUCACAUUGAUAUUUAAAAAAUAAAACUUUAGUUGA